CGGAGUGGUCUAGGGCGGCAGCCUUGCGCCGACGCAGUGCGCUCACGGGGGCGGUCCCUAAGGCCGUGGGUUGUGGUUCCGGUUCCGUCUUUGAGACACGUGAAGGUCGGUGACUUGGUGCGGAGUUCUCGGCACGCGUGUUCGCGCCGGGAUGGAUUCGUCCUCGUCUUCCGCGGGAGGUCUGGGCGCAGUGGACCCACAGUUACAGCAUUUCAUUGAGGUGGAGACGCAGAAGCAGCGCUUCCAGCAGCUGGUGCACCAGAUGACUGAACUUUGUUGGGAGAAGUGCAUGGACAAGCCUGGGCCAAAGUUGGACAGUCGGGCUGAGGCCUGUUUUGUGAACUGCGUUGAGCGCUUCAUUGAUACGAGCCAAUUCAUCUUGAAUCGACUGGAACAGACCCAGAAAUCCAAGCCAGUCUUCUCAGAAAGCCUUUCUGACUGAUCUCAGCAUUACCUCUUUGGAAAAGGAAGGUAGUCCAAGAAAUGAAGAGCUGUUGAGGGAAUGAUUGAAGAAAUGGCUAUGGAGGAUUGACACCCACCUUUUCUCACUGUUGGGACAUCUUGUCAUUUGACAAUGAACAAAGACCAAUGUUUUGUGGGGGUGAAGCUUGAGGGUCACGUGUAUUUGGUUGUGUUUUUAAUGCUAAUCAUGUGAAAUUGACAAAUGGAAAACUAUUACAUGCAGAUUACUGUAUGUAGGGCUGUGCUUUUCUUAAGGUCUCCUUAACUGCUUUCUAUAAUAUUGAUAGUGGAAAUGCUUUCUGUAAUUUGAUAGUAGGACCACAUCUCUUUUGUGUGAAAUAAUUUCAGAUUUGAGGGAGAUCUUUGUGCAAGAAAAGGCAGCCGUGGGAGAAGAAUAACUUGGCACUUAACUGUGGGCCUCUUUAUCUACUGUUUGACCAUCAGUGCCAGAAAAAUGAUGGAGUGUUUAUAUAGUACACUUCAUCUUUCUAGGUUAACUUUCUUCCCUCCCUAUGAUUUACUUAAAUAUCUAUAUUGAAAUAAAUACCUAUAUUGAAAUAUGGUUUCAAAGAAGAAUUGGCAGCUUGAGAAUCUAGAGACCUUUAUAGUUAUAAAGGAAUCGAGUCAGUGAACUUAAUUCUCAUUACUAGACUGCCACAGGAAGAAAGUAUCUUACCCCAUAUAUCAGGAUAUGAAAAACUUUUAAAUGUGCCUAAAGAAAUUAUGAAACUUUAGGCUGGUCAGAAACUAACAGCAAUUUCAGGUAGGGGUGCAUGCCUGAUGUUAAUCAUUAGUGAUUCAAUUUAGUUCAUUCUUUGAUCAGUGAAAUAAAAGCUUCUACAAGACUCAACUUUGUAAUUGA